AUGAAGGAGCUGCUCUUACUCCUCCUCCUGGUGAUGGAGGCAUCCUCCAGGUCCAACAGCAGCUGGUGCAGACCGGGCUGUGACUGUCGAGGAGAUCUGAAGUUCACCAUCUGCUCCAGAGCUCGCUUCACCCACCUGCCCAGCAGAGUCCCGCCCGCCACCGAGCUCCUCGACCUGUCUGACAACAACAUCUCCGUCAUCCCCACUCACUCCUUCAGCAAAAACCGUAAGCUGCGAGUCCUCAUGCUGCAGAACAACAACAUCAGCGUGGUGGAGGACGGCGCCUUCUCUCAGCUGGAGUUCCUGCAGAAACUGGAUCUGAGCUGGAACCAAAUCUCCGCCCUGGCAGAGGGAUUCUCCGCCGGCCUGGCCUUCCUUCGGGAGCUGCAGCUCUCACACAACCAACUGACCAUCCUGGACAGUCAGAGCUUCAUGCACAUGGAUGGCUUGCAGAGGUUAAACCUGUCCUGUAACAAAAUCCACACCAUCCAGGUGAGGUCCUUCUCCACCAUGAGCACCCUGAGGCAGCUCCACCUGCAGGACAACCAGCUGACAUCUCUGAGGAGCGGAAUCUUCUCCAUGCUACGCUCCCUGGAGGUCCUGAACCUGGCCGGGAACCAGAUCAGCGAGACGGAGAAAGGUGUCUUCAAACCGCUCACCAGCAUGACGUUACUCAACCUGGCCCACAACCAGAUGUCAACGAUUUACUUCAAGACAUUCCUGAGCAUCCACACCUACAGCACCCACAUUCUGCUGGAGGGAAACCCCUGGAACUGCGACUGCGACCUGCAGAGAGUUUUCCGGAAGCUGCGCAGCAUCCAGCGGCUCUUCCUGGACGACUACUACAACCUGACCUGCAAGGAGCCACGCGUCCUAGAAGACUACCGACUGAUGGAUGUGGACACGGAGCUGUGCCUCGCAGAGACGGUCACUGUGCUCAUCAUCACCGUCACUGUGGUGACAACCGUCCUGGCUGCCAUGCUGAUGGGCGAGAGGAAGAGGAAGAAGAGGAAGAGGGGAAGCACUGGACGCAGCAGGGAGAGCUCUCAGAUGAGUCGGACCAUUAAAGCACUUCUUUUUACUCUCUUCUUUAUUUUCUGA